AUGACUGAUUAAAUGCAAAAUAAAUGGAUGAAAUUGACAUAUUUUGUAGAUGCUCUUGCAGGUCAUUUUUCUGUUAUUUCCAAAGAUUUAGUUUUAGAUAUAGAAAUUCCUAUUAGAGAUUAAAAUUUCACUAAGCUUUUAAGUAAAUGCACUGUAUCUAAAACUUAUGGAGAUAUGUGGAUUACUUUAGCAAAAAAUAUAUAAAUUAAAUUUAAUUCACUUCGAUGUGGUACAAUUAGAGACAUUGUUUUUGAAAUUAACGACCCUAAAAAGAAAGUGGAUUCAAUUUAGGAUAUCGAAAAAGUUGUAGAUAUCUUUAAAAUGCCUAAGAUAAGCUUUGAAAAUAUAGUGCCAACAACGUCUUUAAACUCUAAAUUAUCAACUAAGAACUGA